AUGUCCGCUCUUGAGAAAUCACUCUUUCAGCUCAAAUUCACAGCCAAGACAUUACAACGUCAAGCAAAGAAGGCCAACAAGGAUGAGACAGUCGAGAAGAACAAGCUCAAGUCUGCGCUCGAAAAGGGCAAUACCGAUAUAGCCAAGAUCCACGCCGCCAACUGUAUCCGCAAAAAGACGGAAGGGCUCAACCUCCUUCGUUUAGCUUCGAGACUGGAUGCUGUCUCCAGCCGACUAGAAAGUGCGAUCACCAUGCGACAAGUAACGGGAAGCCUGGGGAGUGUGGUCAAGGGGAUGGAUAAGGCGAUGCAGAGUAUGAAUCUGGAACAGAUUCAAAAUGUGAUGGACAAGUUCGAGGCUCAGUUUGAAAACGUAGACGUUCAGACGUCCAUCAUGGAGGGAGCCAUGUCGGACUCCACGGCGGUAUCGGCGCCACAAGAUCAAAUUGAUAAUCUGAUCAACCAGGUCGCGGAUGAAGCUGGACUAGAGAGGGAGCACGGGCUGGGCGAAGCAUCAGUACCGACGAAGGAGUUACAGCAGCCUGUGGCCGAGGCGCAGGGGUCGGUGCGGGAAGAAGACACGGCGCUGGCGCAGCGGCUGAGAGCACUGCGGCCAGCUACAUAA